AGAACCCUAAGAGCUGCUAGUAUCUUAUUCUUAUAAUUAUUAUUAUAAUUAUAAAUAUUUCGUCAAAAACAACAAUCUGUGCUGCGGCUGAAACAAAACGACUACCAUGGAUGCAGACGGCGGGAAUGAAUUCCGACGGGGGCGACCGCCUUCUACCUCACAACAACAUCCACGACCAACAAGCCCGAAACCCGUUUUGUACACCCUUCUCGCACUUCUCGGCGCCUCUGCGUGGAUGCCAGUGCAGUGCGUCUUCAGUGACGCGUGGAAGCUCAUUCCCCUGCUGCCGGACGGAUACCAGCUGCCAAGUAACCUGUCUCUCGCCGCACAGACUGGCCUGGUUGCAGUGCUAAUGUAUAGAUACAAUUCUCGUUUUUUUUUUUUUGCAUGUGCCUCGUGAAAAUGCGUUUACCAUUCUUGAAUGCUCUCUCUUAGUGGUAUGAUGUAUGAAGAAAUAUUUCCAAUAAUAAUAGCACGACUAGUAGUACGACUUUGUUGUCGACGUGCACGAGAGAACCAACUGAACGAAUGCACGACACGUCAGCCAGCUCCUGCUGGUAAAACUGCCUCCUUAUUCAUAACUCCAGACACACUUUCCUGUUCCGCAAUGUGGAGCAUGCGCAGAGUUUGCCAGUGCUUUCCGGGACCAUCCUCACGGUUGUCGUCGGUGACGUGAUUGCUCUCGGUCUUUUGGCCUCUUCCUGGGGCUACCUGUACAACGGCGAGGAGAUGAUAAGCGUCGGGGAACUGCAAGGAAGUACGAGCUACGGGGCAGUUGAACAAGUUGUUCCACAAGUACCACCGGUUCCACCUGUGGAAAAUCUACAAUUCUUUUCAACAUCAACAACACCUACCACCACUUCAUCUACUUCACUCUCCUACUUCAAUAUCCUGUUUUACCUUUGCUACACGCUGCUCGCCUGUUUCGCGUGCCUGACGAACCUGUCCUACUGGCCUUUUGUGGCGCACUGCUUGGAUCCGGUGGACGUCCCGACGGGCGUCGUGUGUCUCUCAGGGGGUGCGACGAGUUCCGUGGGUUUUAUCGCGGUGUUUGUCAGUCUGCAGCGAUAUUUCGACUGGUCGCCAGCCGUGUACUUUGGGCUGUUCGCUGUUUUGUAUGCAGUUGUGUUUCUUCCGGUGGUUGUUUACUUGGUGCAUCACUGCAGGCGGCGGGUGGAGGCCAUAGUACUUGCUGCGGAGCGUAGUGUAGAUGUUGCCGGUGCCGCGGGUGCAGCGGUGAUUAGAUCUGAAGACGAUGAGGUGACGUGUGAUCAGUUGAAUACAGGACGAGAACCCAGCAGGAGUUCAAGCCUCACUGAAUCACAAGAAGCGAUGAAGAAUCUCUACCCGCAGCACGGUGGAGAGACAGCACAACAACCACGCUCAGCAGCAUCACCCUUGCCGCUGCAACCACACCGAGUAGAAGACCACUUCGAGACCGCGGAACUUCAGCAGCAGGAAACCGCGAUGGUCGACGUCCCACCACCCUCCAGGACGAGCCAAAAUGUACUGUCGCUCGUAUCCCUAUUUCUCGCGGGCGCUUUUCAGAACGGCCUUUUUCUGUCUCUCACCGUUUUUGCGUGCCGCGUUGUGACGAAGGGCGAUGCCGGCGAGACAAACUACCUCUAUUUUCUCAUCACCAAUGUUUCCGGCUGGCUCACUCCCUUCGCCGUUGCCGCGGCCUACUGGUGCUACGCGCGGCGCAGUGUGCGGAUACUCGCGACACUGUACUGGCUGUUAGUCGGGGGGUUUGUCUUGGCGUUAGCGGUUCGGGGCGGGGCAGACGGAGACGAGAGCAGAGAAACUGAAGCAUCACAGAGGUGGUCCUCGUUUACGAGCGACGACGGACGUGUAAUUCAGCCAAACGAUGUCUUCAGCACGCGCUUUACCACGGCGACAAGAAGAAGAACCGAGAUAACGGUAAGCCGAGACCGCGAUGAAGCAGAACCGAUGCAGCACAACAUUGGGAGAAAAGAUCAUCAGCGAGACAGCACCAGUGACCCUCUUGUUGCAACUGAUCAAGCAUUGCAAACGCCGUCGAGUCGUGAGGAGAAAGUGGUUGUUGAUCCUACUGUCGUAUGGGGACGAACACCAGAAAAUUAUGACAGCAAACAUGCGCUCUUUGAUGAAGAUUCACAUUCACGAUCACGACACCGACAAACGUACAGAGGGAAUGACAAUGAUGAAAGUUUCGCUGCUACUAGUACAGCUUCAACACUCGAAAACUACAACUUCCUCUUUCUUCAGGACGACCACCCCCAUGAUUUCCCGCGUGGUCUCUUCGUACUUUUCGUCAUCUCUGGGAUCACGAUUUUGCCCUUUGGAAAGACCAUGACCAUGGCUACGCUCGGAGCUGCGUCAACAUGUGGCGACGCGAAGCCGGCUUUAAGCCAAGCGGGGCGCGUGCUGCAAUUCGGAAGCUCCCUCGGGUCGUUGCUUUUCUUCUUGUUCGCAAGAACUCUGGUGAGUAAGUAGCAAGUGUUGACGCUCUUGACCUGCUCGUCCAUGUCUACCUUUACUAGUACGCGGCGCAAAAGUAGCCCUAGCCGACUCCGACAAACGAAAAUGACGGUCCAACAUCAAACCAGCCUGGCCACCCUAAUGCUUCAUGUCGGGGAAAAAUGUCAAAUAACACGGGCUGUCGUCGUCCGGGGACGAAAAAAAUGGAGCGGACUAGCACAGUCACGUCGUAGUGAUCAGUGACAGGAGUGAUGUUUCAUUUCAUACAUAAAGACGGGUCGGACUCUAUUGGAAAGCACAAGAAGCAAACGGAAAUACCAUUGCUUUUCUCGCUGUAGAAUCAGCGACAGUGCGCUGAUCGAAAAGGAAAAACCAAACGCGGUAUAUAUUUGAACGAACUGUGUGAUGAAGGAGAUGAAGACGCUGUAGAAUACAAAAGUGCCAUAUUAAAAAAAAAAUAUAGCGUAUACAAGACGCUAACAAUAUGAAUAGAAUGCAACCUGCUGCUGUUUCUGAAAAAGGAAGUUGAAAUGGAAAAAAAAAACGCCAGCUCUCUGAGUGGGCCAGGAGAAAGGAG